GAACUGCUUCAGUUCAUGGCUGACCCAUCUCAGAAACACAGAUUUGCCUCCUUGAGAAUGCUCUGAUGUUCUAAAUAAUUCUCAUCCAGCAAAGAUGGCAGGGGUGAUCCUGUGUGAACCAACUGAACUCUAUAACAUACUGAAUCAGGCAACAAAGUGUUCCAGAUUGACAGAUCCAAACUAUUUAUGUUUGUUGGAUGCUCGUACUAAGCGGGAAUACAACGAAAGUCACCUGGUAACAGCACUAAGAGUGAAACAGAAUCUGUUGGGCAAAUACACGCCUCCUCAGUCCAUUGAUUUGGGGUGCGUCCGAUACUGCAUUGUGUACGACAACAAAACGGAUACUUUGGAAGCUGCUUUUGAUAUGGAUUAUGACCUACCUGAACUGGAUGAAGAACUAAAAGACUGUGAAGGAGAUCCGGAAGCCUUGAUUAAAAAACGCAAAUUGUCACCUAAACAAAAUGCCAAACAUGGAUCCGCUGCACGCUGUGCCAGAGUCAUGCAACGAUAUACCCGCUUCCCUGUCCAAGUCCUGAGAGGUGGGUAUGAGCAGUUCACUGCCAGUUACCAUUUCCUCAGGACCCAGAAGGUAUUCUGGAUGCCUCAGGAACUAGAGGAAAUUCUACCUUACCCGGUUGAGAUCGUUCCAAGCAAGCUGUACAUGGGAGAUUACAGGCAAGCCUGUGAUCGGCAGAUACAUAAGGAUCUGAAAAUCAUAGCCCAUAUCAAUGUCUCAGAGGAGAUGGACACACUCUUCCCAAAAGAUAGCAAGGACCUCCUUCACAUACCCAUUCCAGACUCUCCAGAGGCAGAUAUAUUCACGCACUUUGGUGAUAUUUGCCACUUCAUCGAUAGUCGUAUACCUCAUGGAGGCGUCCUGGUUUUCUCCGUCUUAGGAAUAAGCAGGUGCAGCGCUGUGGUGAUGGCCUAUCUCAUCCAUUCAUGUAGGCUUUACUUAAAGGACUCCUGGAGUUACAUCCAGAAGUGUAAAACGAACAUUCGGCCAAACCGAGGGUUUGUGCAACAGCUGUCGAAGUGGGAACAUCGGAUCUACAUGACAACAAUCACUGAUAUCUCUGAGCCAUUUUACUGACAAAAGGCAGAUAGCAGCCGGAACACUGAUUGUAGGGGCAGCAGUCGGGUGGGGGGGGGG